AUGAGCGCCCUGGAUGGUAGAUCUUCUGAGUCCGAUGGCGAGUCUGACUCCGGUGACAGCGAAGGAGCGCUGGCCGCAUUCGAGGAGCGCAUGGCAGCCUGGGAGGCAGAGGAAGGCACGGAUGUGGUCUUCGCCUCGGCUCCUGGCAAAGAGGCCUCGGCAGGAGAGGCGACACGGGAGCGGCAGCGCCGGGUCUGGUCUCUGCUGGCGGAGCGCUGGGCGAAGGAAGACGAGAAGGAGGAGCUUGCAGCCAUGGAGGCAGCCAUUGUUUCAGGCGCGGAGCGCCUGGCCGGUGAGCUGGACGACUACGGGGAGCUCACGCGACUCCCCGCGGAGAUCUUCACACGCACAAGGGGCCGUUUGCUGGUGGGAAACGAGGAGGACGCAGGCGCGGUAUGCGGCAGGUUUUGGGGCUAG